UGCUGGAGCACAGCAUGACAGACGACAGCCACGAACGGAAUUUUUUGAUUUUGACAAAGAACUUGUGGGCCACUGCAAGCAAAGCGACCGAGAAGUGCAGGUGUUUUGAUAUGCUCGAGUACCACCACAUUUACGAGCAGUGUUGUGAUAUGUCGUGAAAAGUGACUACUGUGAGUGUAUUCUGACGAGCGAUAGAAACUCGGGCUAAUGUGAGUCUUUUUCUUUCUUGUGAAAACCAUUGACGACUUCAGAAAGUCAACGCUUGAUCUGCUACUAAAAAUAAUAACGGCACAGUGUUUGCAGAUGUAGCCGCUUCCUAUUGCCUCCACCUAGGGAAGCAUAGUUUUGCGUUGAUGUAAACUGAGCACUGCCUCAUGUCAUGAGGGCUACAGUCACACAUGACAUGAUGGCAUCGUCACAAACUUUGCUGCAAUGGUGCAGACAAACAUGUAGCAGUUACCCAAAUGUGGAAAUACAGAAUUUAUCAAGCUCAUUCAGAGACGGACUUGCAUUUUGUGCCAUCAUCAACAAGCACCGCCCAGACCUGAUAGAUUUCAGCUCCCUCUCCAGAGCACACAUUUAUGAAAAUAACCAACUGGCCUUUGCGGUUGCAGAGACAAAACUUGGCAUCCCUGCUUUUCUCGUCCCAAAAGACAUGGUUGCCACCCAGGUGCCAGACUAUUUGAGCGUCAUCACUUACAUCUCCCAGUACUACCACUACUUCAGCAGAGCAUCUAACGCAGGUUCUUCCAGUUUGAGGUCGUCACACAUCAGCCUAUCAAACAAGAGCUCCACUGCUCUGCCAUCCGGUAGAGAUGAACACUGUCCUGGUAGAAGACGGCACACUAUGUGUCAUUUUUGCGUUAAACCUGUCCACCUUAUUCAGAGACAUGUGAUCCAAGGAGAGGUCUACCACCGCAACUGUUUCAGAUGCAAAGUGUGCCACAGCACCCUUGUGGCAGGCUUUUACACGCCAGGAAAGGCUGCUUGCUCUGUUAUUUGUUAUGACCAUCUAACAAACAGUGCAAAGAGUCGGCAUGAUGAGACGCUUGAGUUAUGGCAAGGGUGCUUGUCUCUUGGCGGCUUGACUCUCAUCAGCGUCCCUGAGGAAACGCAGUCACAUGACAGACUGGUUUAUAAACCAGUGGAGCAAACAGUGCCGCGUGAGUCAUCUGUCUCAUCGAGCAGCAUGUUCAAGCCGCCUUCUCCUCAACCUGCCCCACCAGGGGUUGACGAAGCAACCAGUGAAGAAAGUGGAAACGAUGAAUCUCCAGCCGUUCUUGCAGAUCCUUCCAACGAAGAGACAAAAAAGGAGGCGCACUCAGAGCUUUGUUCAUCUUGUUUACCAGUAACUAGCAAAAGUGACCAGCUGGCACCCAAGCAGACGCCUCAGCCUUCCCACACGGGCAGUGCCUCUGUUCAACGUCAGUCUUCACACAUUCCUUCUCACGUCCAGAAAAAUCCGGUGAAAACCAACCAUCCAUGGUUGGGAAUCAUCCAUCCUGGACCUUGGACACAACUGCCUCCUGUUGAAAGCCCAGGACCCUUCAGACAUUCCAAAUGUGGUUUGUCUUGGUACAGACCAAGAGUCCCUCCUCCCAAUCCUUUCAGUGAAGACCUGCAUGAAGACACCAAAGAGACGCAAGACGUUCACGAUGAAGAUACCAGUCAGCCUGCUUCCUCAAAUUUGCAGGGAAUGGGGAAUGUUAUGGCCAGUGAUCACAAUCUCGUUUUGCCAAGAAGUAUUUCUGUGCCAGCUGUCAAAUCUGCUUGCCCUCAAACAUCUGGGCCUAAUGACAUGACAGAUGAUGAUAAACCAGACUCUUCAUCGCAAAAUAAGGUUUGCAAAGAGCAAAAUCAUUUUGAUACGAAAACUGAGAUGCCAAAGUCGAGGACAUGUCAGACCCUCCCAUCUGGACGGUGUCCUGCUCCUGGACACGGCUUCCCGCUCAUCAAAAGGAAGGUGCAGGCCGACCAGGAUGCUUCUGCUGCAGAUCUGCAGGUGGAGACAAGACAACUGAAUAAACAGCUGGAGGCACUGGAACAAAGAGGCAUAGACAUGGAGAGAAAUCUCAGACAGUGCAAGAAUGACAAAGAGGAAGAGCAACUGCUGACGAAGUGGCUUGCUCUUAUCCAGGAGAGGGACUCUCUGAUGCGACGAGAUACUGAGCUGGUUUAUCUGAUUAAGCAACAGAAGCUGGAAGAGAGGCAGGCCGACGUGGAGUACGAGCUGAGACGUCUCCUCAAUAAACCAGAGAGCGUCUGGAGCGAAGAAGAUAAGAGUCGAGAGCAGAGUUUGAUGGCUGAGCUGGUUGUCGUCAUCGAGCAAAGGAACCAGAUUGUCAGCAUUUUAGACCAAGACAGACAGAGGGAGCGAAAAGAGGAUGCGCUUUGGGAAGUGAUGACGAAGAACGAAGAGUUUGAGAAAGAAGGACUGAAAGAGCUCAAGAAGACAAAAGGAAAGUUCAAGCCCUCAAAGGUUUUUAAAAAGCUGAACCAGAAAGAACACACCAAGGAAUCCGCAGACAAAAAGUGCUGAAGACCUGUCAAGACUGCAGAAGAAUAAAUGCAAAGAUUCUCACACCACAAAUUGAUUUAUUCUUGGAAGUGAUAACAUGUGUUGGUCCUGUUUCACCUUUUACUGCUUGUAACUGAAAGCAAGUUCAUGGUGGGGAGAGAUCUGUAUCACAGAUGAGAGGACUUUUCUACAUUUGUGCCUGUAAUUAAUGCAUGUUUUAUUACAGAUGUAUUUAUGUACGUUAAUAAAAAAAAAUAUGAGUACAUUUACACAAUGUAAAAGUGCGAGGAAAUUGUAAACUGACAAAUAAG